GGCCCAGAGCCCCAAAGACGUCGAAACGGAGUAGCGGGUCGUUCGUGGUUCGCUGGGCCCGCUGCCAUUGGUUCACGGCCUGCGAAAGACGUUGACUGACGGCUGUUAGCCGUGAUUCGCUAAUUUCCCGCGAAGAAAGUCGCCUUUGAACCCGUGCGCGCUUUUCCCGAAAGCGAAACUCGCAAAACUCAGACUCGGGCCGGCGAGUAAGUGCGCAAUUUGCGGGACAAGCCGAAAAUAAGUGAAACGAAUAAGCGAAUGGCCGGCCGCAGAUACUGGGCGUGAAAAGCAGAAACAAAUGUGCUGUCGCAAAAACCAGUGCCAAGUGUCAAUGGAUUGGCCUGAACCCACGCGAUAAGAACGCGGCUGAAAUACAUAACUCACUCGCAAAUAGCCAAAUUGCCACCGAAGUCAUGCACACAUUCAAGCGGGGCUUCUUCUGCUCCGAUCUGAGCAUCCGGUAUCCCUACAAGGACUGCACGAUCACGGUGCCGAUGCUGCUGCUCAUGAUGCUGCUGCUGCCCAUGCUCUUUGUGGCCGUGGUGGAGAUCAUGCGGAUCUGCAAGCGCUUCCGCACCAGACUCUACUUCCGCAAUCUGUGGCGCGCAGAGGCCACCUUCAGCUUCGGCUUCAUAGCCACCUACCUGACAACCGAGCUGGCCAAGCACGCUGUCGGGCGGCUGAGGCCGCACUUCUACCACGGCUGCCAGCCGCGCCUCGAUGAUGGCAGCUCCUGCUCGGACCCCCAGAACGCGGAGCUGUUCGUGGAGCAGUUCCACUGCGCCAACCACAACCUCUCCACGCGACAAAUCCGCGAGCUGCACGUCAGCUUCCCCAGUGCCCACAGCAGCCUAAGCUUCUACUCGAUGGUCCUGCUGGCCCUCUACGUACACGGGGUGUGGCGGGGGCGCGGCGGCGUGCAGGUCCUGCGGCACGUCCUGCAGUUCCUGCUCCUUAUGGCUGCGCUCUGCGUUUCCCUCAGCCGCGUGGCCGACUACUGGCACCACUGGUCGGACGUCCUGGCCGGCGCCCUUCUCGGAGUGACCUAUGCCACCAUCACAGCCGCCUACGUAGGUGACCUGUUGCGGCGUCGGAGGCGCCCCACAGCCAGAAUCCCGCCCUCGCUGAACUACAGCCACCACCAGCUAAUGGCGGACAACAAUAACUCCACUGCCUCGGCUAAGGUACACUUCCUGGGAGCAGCUGCCUCCGCUUCCAUGACCACCACGACGCCGCUGGAGGACAUCCAGGACUCGGAUGUGGAGGACUUCGGGGACUCCAGGGACUCCAGGGACUCCAAGGACUCGCACGACUCCCAGGACUCGCAGAACUCGCACGCAGAGGACGAGGACGACGACGAGGAGGCGUACAAGCCGCAAAGGUCGCGCCCCGCCACUCCGCCCACAGAUCUGACCCACGUCGUCUGAGACACUAAGCUGGAAAUGUGGCGCACGGGAAAUAAUCAGGCUUAUCGCCUGGCGGCUGCUAUUUCGACUAUUUUUCCAUUUAGAAAUCGAAACAAACAGAAGUAUGUGAUAAGCGCGCGGCGCACUCUUUACCUGAUAUGCCCCUGUCCACCCCCACACUCCGCGGCGCCUUUCGAAAUCCUAAGCGAUCGAUCGGUUGUGCAACUCCGCUGCCAAUCCGACAGCUUGUUGCCCCACGGUGAUCAUGAUCCCGAGAAUUUCGGCUGCGCGGGAGUAUCUCGCCAAAAGUAUUUGCCGCUGAUAUUGCAAGGCCGGAUCGAGCGGCAGUGCGAGUAUAUCGGAGGAGCUACUGGCUCUGAGCUAGCCACUUGUUUGUUUGUAAACAAUGCCGCAUUGACGCAGUCGUCGCUGCCGCUUUUGAAGUGGCCAGCCCGCCAACGUGGAGCUCCGCUCCAGACCCAAUCAGCUGCGACAAUCUCUGGGCAGCGGCGCUGACUGCUGCGGCUGAUAGUGCAUAAAAAUAAUAAAUAAUAAUAAAUGCCGCGCUGUAGCUGGACAGACUCCGAAACACUCGGUUGGGAGGCUGGAGGCGAGGAGCCGGAUUUAUGACCAAAUCGAUUAAGUCGAGUUUAAUUUUAUUAUUUGUUGUAUGUUAAUUAUGUUUGGCUACCGACAGAUUUUAAGGCUUACUCUAAGUGCUUGCUCUGCAGGCUGAAUAAAUGUUUAUUGCCCAAGUGA